AUGCGUCUCCCCAUCCCCCUCUCCCUCCCUUCCCCAUCCCUCCUCAUCCUGACAUCCCUCCUCCCAAACCUCGCCUCCGCAGCCUCAUGGACCGCAGACCCCUUCAUCCCACACGCGUACCCCCUCGCGGUGCGGUCUCCCUACCUCUCGACUUGGCUGCCCCAGGGGAACGGGACGGCUUUGAAUGGAGGGUGGCCGCAGUUUUGGGGUGGGUCGACGAUAGGCUGGGCGGGAAUCGUCCGCGUCGACGGGAGCUCGUAUACGUUCCUCGGCGACCCAGCCGUCUCCAGCUCAAGUGGGACAUUGGAGAAGGCGACGCAGAACGCGGCGAGGUUCACGGCGACGAUGUCUGUUUUUGAGAUGACGGCGGGGAGCGUGGAUGUGAAUGUGACGUUUUUGAGUCCGGUCGAGCCGACGGAUCUCGUCAAGCAAUCUACUCCGUUCUCGUACAUGUCCAUCUCUGUCGCUCCGAACGAUGGAUCGGCGCACUCUGUGCAGGUCUACUCCGACAUCUCAGCCGAAUGGGUCUUCGGGAACACCUCCGCGCUCGUCAACUGGACGACGACCGCGUCCGGGAGUGACGUGAUGACGCAUAUGGUGCAGUUGCAGGAGCAGGAGGUGUAUGUGGAGAGUGGGGAUCGGGUGCAACAGGGCGCGAUCUACUACUCCGCCACCUCCUCCGCGACGUACCAGACCGGCGCAGACACGACCGUGCGUGGGCAGUUUGUCGCGAAUGGGACGUUGGGGAACUCGCAGGAUACGAAUUUUAGGGCGAUUGAGGAUGAUUGGCCCGUAUUCGCGUUCUCGCAAGACUUCGGCUCAGUCUCCUCUGGCUCUUCGAGCUCGAUGCUUUUCUCGGUCGGCCAUGUUCGCGAUCCGGCGGUGCAGUAUAUCGUUGCGGGGGGUGCGCUGCAGGAUCGGAGUUUGUAUUUCUGGAGCGAGUAUGAUUCGGUGUCUGAUCUCAUCUCCGCCUUCCACACCUCCUUCCCCACCGCCCUCUCCACCGCCCAAUCCUUCGACUCCCAAAUAUCCUCUGACGCCGGCGCUAUCUCGGCAGAAUACGAGGGUAUCGUCGCGAUCUCGCUGAGGCAGGUCUUCGCGGGGGUGGAACUUACGAUUUCGAAGGAGCAGGGGGGCGAUGGGAGUUGGAAUAGUAGUGAUUUGUUGGUGUUUAUGAAGGAGAUUUCGAGCGAUGGGAACGUGAAUACCGUCGACGUGAUCAUGCCCGCUUGGCCGGCUUUCUUGUAUACGAACCCGGCGUUGGGCAAGGCGUUGUUGCAGCCUUUGUUUGAGUAUCAGGCGACCGGUCAGUACCCGAACAAGUACAGCGUUCACGAUCUCGGGGCUGCGUAUCCGAAAGCUAUUGGGCACAACGACGGUAAAGACGAGGCGAUGCCGCUCGAGGAGAGCGGGAAUAUGCUUAUCCUCACGUUGAGUCAUUACCAAAAGACGAACGACAGCUCGCUCAUCGAGACAUAUUCCUCCCUCCUCGACCAAUGGACCCAAUUCCUAAUCUCCGAAGCCCUCAUCCCCUCCAAUCAAAUCUCAACAGACGAUUUCGCAGGCUCGCUCGCGAAUCAGACCAACCUCGCCAUCAAAGGCAUCAUAGGCAUCCGCGCCAUGGCUGAGAUCUGGAGCAUCCUGGGGGACGAGGGCAUGGCGAGCAAUUAUACGAGUAUUGCGGAGGGGUAUGUGAGUCAGUGGGAAGGGCUGGCGAUGGAUUCGCAGGGGACGCAUUUGACGCUUUCGUAUGGGAACGAUUCGAGCUGGGGGUUGGCUUAUAAUCUGUAUGCGGACAAGUUACUUGGGUUGAACCUGUUCCCCCAGUCUAUCUACGAUACCCAGGCAUCAUGGUACUCAUCCGUGAAAGGAACCUACGGCAUCCCCCUCGACACCCGCCACACCUACACAAAAUCCGACUGGCAAAUCUGGAUGGCCUCCGCUCUCGACUCCACCUCCACCACCGUCCGCGACACAUUCAUCACCGGCGUCUACGCCUACGUCUCUGGCGCGCUCGGCGGGAACAAGGAGCCGCUGAGCGAUUGGUAUGAUACGGUUAGUGGGGUGAAUGAGGGGUUUAGGGCCAGGCCGGUGGUUGGUGGGCAUUUGGCUUUGGUGAGUCCCGCUUUCUUUUUAUUAUGUCCGAGUGGUCAGUUCGUAGAGUGGUGGGGAAAUGCCUGCAGGACCCUGAUGCUUAUCUGGGGCGAUGUGUGGCGGCUCUGCGGUUUUGCUUUCGGUUCUGAUAUAGUUGGCAAUGCUGUAUUAAUCUCGCGAAUCAUCUCUCCCCCCUCCUCUAUCGCCUCGUCUCGCUCGCACCGCCGCUACUCAAUUCGGCUUGUGUAA